UCGUACAAGACUGCAAGAGAUAAAGGGAACAGCUCCCCAAGCAUCAAGAGCUUUCCAGCCAUAUGUGCGUAAAAAUUUCUUCCCAUGCCACGUGACAGAGGAAGAGGCGCAGACCCAUUACACAAUAAUAAAAAUAUGCCUUUGGCAACAUUGAGCCAAAACCUGGAGCUGCUGCAAGAAGCUAGCAAUCUGCACAAAAAGGAGUAAAACAUUAAUAAAAAAGACAGAAGUCAAUCUUGCACACCCCUCAGGACACUGCUGCGGCAGGACAGGGCUUGGACUCCAUGCAUGACAGCGAUCUGCAGCAAAACAUCUGCUUAAAAUAGUGUCAGUUCCCAGCGCCUGUCAAGAUCUCACUGAAGAGAUUAGUCGUGGCUGCACCAUGAUCUCCGCUGUCCUCCUGCUCUGGACUGUGCCCUGUGUGGCAAACCACAUUCUCGGGGGCUUUGCCAAGGGAGCGCUGCAGGAAGGUCCCCAGCUGGCGUGCAGCCUGCCAGGACCCCCUGGGCCACCUGGCCCGCCCGGCGCACCCGGGGCUCCGGGGACAGUCGGCAGGAUGGGCUUCCCAGGCAAAGAUGGCAAGGAUGGCAAGGAUGGGGAUAAAGGCGAGCACGGCGAUGAAGGUCCACAAGGCAGAACAGGAAACCCUGGCAAACCAGGACCAAAGGGAAAAGCAGGAGCAAUUGGCAAGGCAGGCCCACGAGGGCCCAAGGGUUUAAAGGGUAAUCCUGGAAAAAACGGGGCACCAGGAAAGAAAGGGCCCAAAGGGAACAAGGGCGAGACCGGGAUGCCAGGACCCUGCACCUGUAAUGCUAACAAAGCCAAAUCUGCCUUCUCUGUGGCAGUCUCAAAGAGCUACCCAAGGGAAAGGCUGCCCAUCAAAUUUGACAGGAUCCUGAUGAAUGAGGGAGGACACUACAAUGCUUCCAGUGGGAAAUUUAUAUGCAGCAUCCCAGGUAUUUACUACUUCACUUACGAUAUCACUUUGGCCAACAAACAUUUGGCCAUUGGCUUGGUCCACAACGGGCAGUACCGGAUCAAGACUUUUGAUGCCAACACUGGGAACCAUGAUGUUGCCUCUGGAUCAACCAUCCUUUCUCUGAAGCAGGAAGAUGAAGUAUGGCUGCAGAUCUUUUACUCAGAACAAAAUGGGCUCUUUUAUGAUCCCUACUGGACAGACAGCUUAUUUACCGGUUUCCUGAUAUAUCCUGAUCAAGAUUAUUACAAUGAAAUAUAAGAUGAGAAACUAGUCCGUGAGAAAAAAUAGGAAAUGCGCAAAACCUCAGUCCAGCAAAGUGUAGCCUGUACGUGGAUAUGUGUGGGAUUAUCAUACAAUCCCACAUUUUUGGCGCUAACAGCCUGUAUUGGCUAUUUAGAUAUUUACUUGACAUCAUCAACUAGUCCACAGGGUACCAGGACCAGUAGGACUCACCUUUAAGCAGCCUCAUGAAUCUCUAAGUCUCGAAGUUGCCCAUUAUGUUUUCCAUGAGGAUUCCAACAGGCCAUGCACAUGUAAUUCAAAUACUGGUACGGAAUGCUUUGAGUAUUAUAAAGCAUGAAAACCAACAACCAUUCCCUGAAAGCUGAGCGCAGAAGUGCCACUGAUGCUGGAGACUAUCACUGCAGCUCCUCCCCCUACACCCCAUAAUAGUAAUAAUCCUUGCCAAUAUGGAGUUACACUUUACCAGCUGCUUAAGAGUCAGGAAGUUGUCACCUAAAGUUGUAAAAGUAAGAGUGGCUCUCUGCCUCAUCAAAGCAGUACUAACAAGUAAAAGCCUCUGGUCUAAAUAGGAGAUGACACAAAAGAGAGAUCUCAUUUUUAAAGGUAAGACUCCUCAGAAGACACAAGAUGUUGUACCGAGCAUCACUGGCGUUUCUCAGAUUUCAGCUUCAAUAUACCAGCGCUGGUGUCCUGCAUUUGGUUUCAGACAAGCGUUGGUAAGCUGUGACCAGAACCUGAAGUGGACUGGGGAAGCCAGAUACCUGUGGGCCUCGAGCUAUGGUGGAGGCUGAACUUUACAGAUAAGACUCAACUGGCAAAGACAGCAUGAGCCUUCACUCCAGAAACAGGUUCAUUAAUAACCCCCUGCUUCAUCCCCUCCAGCUUUUGCUGGAAGGAGAUGCUUGUGGUGCUGCUGAGAUCCUCCUUGAGGGCUUAAUGCUACAACUAGACCCUGUAUCUUACUGCUGCUUUGCUUUUCUGAUGUUGUAUGUCAAAUAUUAUGGAUGCUACGAAAUCAGUGUUGCGAUUCUAAACUGUAUGGAAAAAAACCCAGAAAACUAAAAAGCUGAACUUUUGCUCAGCUGAACCUUUUUUAUUUUGCUAAACAGCUUUGCAACUUUUUGUUUUUCUCCUCUGUAUCAGCUAAUACAGGGACAUGCUCCAAAAGGGUUCACUAUUACCAGAGCAAAGAGUUCUAUAAAGCCACUCCGUCUGGUUGCCACGCCCCAGGGCAUCCAGCGUUCAGCAGAGGCCUCUGUCGCAGUAGCCAGAUGGAAGGAGUUUCUUCCCCACUAUCAGCGGCAUCUUCCUGGUUUCCAGUCAUACUUCACAUCUUCUUUAUCACUUGGUGAAAACUCUCGUGAAAUUCCAGCUCCUCUGAUCCUCAUAUGUAGGCAUUGAAGGGAUAUCUCAUAAGAACAAAUAUUUUUUUUAAUCUUAUUUUUACAAGUCAAAAUACUUGCAUGAUUUUCAUGAACUAUAGUAAUUGUGUUCUAUCUUACAAAAAUCCUUUCAAAUACAUUUUAUAAAAUAAAGCUGAA